AUGAAUAGAAGAACAACACUUUUCCUCAUAAUAUGCAACGAAUUCUGUGAGAGGUUCUGCUACUACGGGCUGAGGUCUCUUCUGUUUUCUUUUUCCAGGGAGGAGUACAACUUCACUACAAAGGAGUCUACCAUGACCCUUCAUUUCUUUGUUUCUAUGAGCUAUCUAUUCACGCUUCUCGGGGGGCUUCUGUCGGACAUGUUCCUGGGAAGAUACAACACCAUCGUGGCACUGAGUUCCCUAUACCUUACAGGAACAUCUCUUCUCACCUAUUGCUCUGUUGUGUCCGCCUCUCCAAGGCUUCUGAUGGCGAGCUUGCUCAUGAUAGCCGUUGGGACAGGAGGAAUCAAGCCUUGCGUUGCUGCAUUUGGGGGAGACCAGUUUGGCGUGGACGAGACACAGGAUCUAAGGAAAUUCUUCAACUUCUUCUAUUUUGCCAUAAACAUCGGAAGCAUGGUUUCCACAGUGCUAACACCUGUCAUGUCUGAUACCACUUGCUUUGGGAAGAACUCUUGCUACCCACUGGCAUUUGGGGCAUCGAGCACACUGCUUGGCGCCUCUAUUAUUCUGUUUGUAAUUGGAACGAAUCUCUAUGUGAUUAAGCCGGCAAAGAAAGAGCAGUUUUCAAGGUCCUUUCGCUCCUUGGCCCAGAACGUAAAGAAGCUGCUUUGGAGACAGGAUGGGCAUGACGAGAAGACUAGCACUUUACAGACUGCGUCAGAGGCCGUCUCGGAAGCCUGUGAAGAAGACGACAAAAAGAAGACCCUGAAGAUACUGAGGAUCCUGGGGCCCGCAGUUCUCUUCUGGGCUCUUUAUGACCAGCAGUCCUCUUCAUGGAUAGAGCAGGGAUCGAAAAUGGAUUCACGCCAGAGAAUACUCGGGCAUGAUAUAGAUAUCUUGCCAUCGCAGAUGCAGGCAUUCAACUCUGUGUUUAUCCUUCUAUUCAUUCCUAUGUUUUCAAAGCUGGUCUAUCCAUUGCUGGGACGGAUUGGCAUCCUCUCUUCUCCAGAAGAGAAAAUGGGGGCCGGGAUCGUUCUUGCAUCCCUCAGCUUCUUCUGCUCUGGAUACAUAGAGUACAAGAUAACUCUGGCCGAGUCUGUAGGGCAGAAGCUGUCAAUAUUAUGGCAAGUGCCUCAAUAUGUUAUAGUAACGGCGGGGGAGAUAAUGCUGAAUGUAACCGGGAUGGAAUAUAUGUAUGCUGAAGCGCCAGAAACCAUGAAGUCGCUAGUUCUGUCGAUGUGGCUGUUGACUGUGACUGCAGGAAAUCUUCUGGUGAUGGGGAUUACGCUAUUGGAUCCAAUAGCCUUGGUUUCUUCCCGCACCCAUGAUAUGUGGAGCUUUAUCAUGUACGGGAUUGCGGGGCUUGCGGCAUCUAGAUACAUGUUCCAGGCCUCAAGACCUAUCUAG